AUGACAGCGAAACCAAAAUGUCGGAAAAACAUGCUGUCAAAUCAAAUGCGAUGGCCAAGUGACGCUAUCGUUUUCUACUUUUUGUUAAAGAAAUACUAAUAAAAACAUACAAAGAACAUUGAUUCCAAAAUCCAAUUAGUUUUAUACCUUACAGGUUGAAUUUUCCGUAUGGCAACACCGAAUUACAAACAGAACACAUCAAUGUCUAUGCCAAGUCCGCAGAACAAUCCGCACUACAUGAUUGCGGGGCCCCCAAUGAGUUUCGGUAUGAUGAAAGGCGGUAUGAAUGCACCGCCACACCAUAACCAAUACCAGUACCACCCGCAAUACCAAGGUGGGCCAGUGUCCCACGGGGGCUUCGGAGCGUGGCCGCCUCCACAACAACCGCGUUUCGCUGCAGAGAAUGCGAGGAGAGCCACCUCGGGGGGCGGGGGCGCUACGACGCAGGCCUCAAAAGAUGAUAAAACUAGUCCGUUUAUAUCCACCGUCCAUUCACAUCCUGGAUUUCAGCCACAAAAGAUUGGAAAAGGAUCGGGAUCGGGUUCUUCCUUACCAAAGCCACCAAAGGCUCCAGAGAAGCCAUUAAUGCCGUACAUGCGUUACUCUCGUCGUGUUUGGGACAGUGUUAAAGCGGCACACCCUGAUCUAAAGCUAUGGGAAAUAGGCAGAAUCAUUGGUGGUAUGUGGAGGGAUUUACCUGAAUCUGAAAAAGCUGGAUUUGUUGAUGAAUAUGAAGCUGAGAAGUCUGAGUAUGAAAAGAGUUUGAAGGCGUACCACAACUCUCCGGCAUAUCUAGCGUAUAUCGCUGCCAAAAACAAAGCAGUAGUAGGUAAUCUUGAAGAAGAGAGCUCAAGCAAGAAGGGAAGCUCACAGAAGGAACAACAACAGCAAGACAGAAGAAUUGAUAUACAACCAGCGGAAGAUGAAGAAGAUCAAGACGAGGGUCUAUCAGUGAAGCACGUGGCGUACGCGCGGUAUCUCCGCAACCAUAGACUUAUAAACGAAAUAUUCUCUGACACGGUUGUCCCUGAUGUUAGAUCUGUGGUCACUACCACUAGGAUGCAGAUCUUAAAGAAACAAGUCCAAUCAUUGACAAUGCAUCAGAAAAAAUUGGAAGACGAAUUGCAACAGAUUGAGGAGAAGUUUGAAGCAAAGAAGAGGAAAUUCAUUGAGAGCAGUGAAACAUUCCAAGAGGAAUUAAAGAAGCACUGCAAGCCUGCGGUGGAUGAGGAGACAUUUGGACGUAUGGUGGAGCGUGCGGUGGAGCAGAUGAGGCGCGGUGGCAAUCCACAGCCUCUAGCACCACUGCCGCUCAGCACCGCCGAGAGGAAAGACGAGCCAAUGGAACAAGACACAAAUCAGAUAAAACCAGAAACAAACGGACCAAAUCCACCCACUCAAGUGGACAAAGUAUCCACUACAGAGGUCAAGCCGGAUAGCAGCAGCACCACGGAACUGAAUAAGCCUGAAGCUGAAGCACCUAAGGAGUCACCACCACCUGAAGCUACUGCUUCUACACCUGAAGUUGAAAAUAAAGAAGAGAAGCCAGUGGAGCUGAAAGUAGAAGCUAAGGAGCCAGCAGCCACGCCCCCGGCAGUCCCCGCCCCAGCUCCUGCCCCCGCCCCCGCCCCCGCCCCCGCCCCGCCACAGCAACACAUCACCUCGCCGCCGCAUCAUUCAAUGAUGAUACCACCGAACGCGAAUGCUCCGCCUCAUCAGGGCCCUCCGCACGCUGGUCCACCGCCGCCUCCUGGUGGUGGCUACGGUCCUGGCUACGGUGGGCGGUACUACGGCGGCUACGGAAGCGGUUUCCCGCCUGGAUACUACUACACGGGGGAGCACUACGCUCACCAUACUCAUCCUCACAUGCCGCACCAUGCCCCGCACCCACAGCAUCCCGCACAUCCUCAGCAUCCAGCACCGCACCCUGCGCCUCAUCAUCUCGUCAAACCGGAGGAGUCACAAACAAAGAAAGAGGGCGAAUGAUUGUCACCGAAACGUGUCGUCAAACGACGGCGCAAAUCCUCGCCGAAGGAGCAACAGUGAUUUGAGACACUAGUUCAGUGAACCCAUUACUUUGUGUCAACUGAAACAUGUAUAAAAACAUACUGCCAAACACUCUUUAAAAAAAUAAACAGAAAAUAUGUUUUUGUACAGAUGUUUCGGUAGUGUAAACUCAGUGAAGUGUAAACAUUAAACUUUACUAUAAGAUUUUAUAUGUGUAAGUAUUUUUAUAUA